AUAACGUAUAAGGUGGUGCAAAAUGGAAAGGGUCCAGGGCAAAGAUGCUCACAUGCCAUAGCAAAAGUAGGAAACAAGAUUUACUCCUUUAGUGGCGAGUUCACACCGAAUGUGCCUAUUGAUAAAGACCUUUACGUCUUUGACCUCAAAACCGGGAAAUGGUCCAUUGCUCCAGCCACGGGAGACAUUCCACACCUCUCCUGCUUAGGCGUCCGAAUGGUGUCAGUUGGAACAACCCUCUAUGUCUUUGGAGGCCGAGACGAUUCCCGAAAAUACAACGGUUUCCAUUCUUUUGAUACAACUACGAAUAAGUGGAAACAGCGAACUCCCGUGGAAGAAGGACCCACUCCUCGUAGCUUCCACUCUAUGGCAGCCGAUGAGAACCACGUUUAUGUUUUCGGUGGAGUGGGUGGUAAGGAGCGGCUCAAGACCCUGGACGCUUACAACAUCGCUGAUCAGAAGUGGGUUCAGUGCGGGACUCCAGGAGAAUCGGUUAGCAUAAGAGGAGGAGCCUCCUUCGAAGUAGUGCAAGGGAAGGUUUGGGUGGUUUAUGGAUUCAACGGAUGUGAAAUAGAUGAUGUUCAUUACUAUGACCAUGUUAAAAACAAGUGGACCCAAGUACAAACAUUUGGUGAGAAGCCUUCUGCGAGGAGCGUUUUCGCUAGUGCGGUUGUUGGGAAGCACAUUGUGAUAUUUGGAGGUGAGAUAGCGAUGGAUCCACAAGCUCAUGUAGGCCCGGGACAAUUGAUGGAUGGGACUUUUGCGUUGGAUACAGUGACGUUGAAGUGGGAGAGGUUAGAUAAGUUCGGUGGAGAGGAGGAGGAGACAAAUAAUGGGACAAGAAACCCUUUUGGAAGCCACAAGAAGAAGAACAAAGAAGAGAAUCAGGAGACUCCGGCUAUCAGGGGAUGGGCAGAUUCCACGUGUGCAACAAUUAAUGGUAAGAAAGGGCUCCUGAUGCAUGGUGGCAAAGCUCAGACCAAUGACCGUUUUGACGAUCUCUUCUAUUAUGAUUUUAACUCUGCUUAAACGCCGUUAAUUUGAUCAUUACCGUUUGUGGUUGUUUGUGUUGUGUUUGUGAUUCAACAAGGGAGGAUCGUGAUACCAUAUGAUCCUUCUUCAUCAUUUUUUCCCUAUCGGUAUGUUUGUUUUGUGUGUGCGAUUCAAUAAGGGAAGGUCUGCAUGUUUUUUUUCUGUAAACCUGUUAUAUUUAUUUAAGAGUUAUUCUUGGGUUCACGUACACCACCAACCAAUAGAA